UGAGAGAAUUGCAGAAGAAAAAAAAAUAAGUAACCCUGAUGGUUUAAGCUCUUUAUUUAACAAGAAAAAAAAAAUGGCAUCAGGACUUUUUUUUUUCCUUCUCUCCUCCCUUUUGUACCCAAGUGCAUUUUAGCCACAAAGGUUCCAACAAGAGUGGAAGGAAACUUAGACCGGGCUUUGUUUGACUCCGUGUAGCGACAACAAGAGAAACAAAACUACCUAUUUGUAACGGACGUGGUGCGGUGGCUCUGGGCUUUUAGAGCGCCUGCCGAUUGAAAUCUUUACGUCUCGACAAUGGGAGAUCGGCUAAAAUUACCCUCUCGGGUCCUGGGCGGGCAAGAUUCUUGAGCCCCUACCCCCGCCCCCAGCCCAUCCUCCGGCAGCCUGGGUUGCUGGGGCCCGGCUCCCCGGGUUCCGCAGGCCUUGUCCUUGCGCACUUUGUCUGCACCUGUACCUCUGAACCCCGCGCCUCCCAGGCCCCAGUGCCUCUCUCUCGGCCCUAGACCAACUCGGCCGGGCCUUCGCGGCUACCACCGUGCCAGUCAGCAGGGGCCACGCCGGCUGCGCAGCUCCCUUCCUGGGAACGCUGCGUGGGAGGGAGUUUGUGAGCACAGCCCAAAUGCCACCUCCGUGCCUCGCGGUGGGAUGCCAGGAAGUUGCGUGACCCUCCCCCAUCGCCUGCGCUCUGGAGCCUCUUUCUGUUGAUUCUUCGUCCCCAGGCUCUCAUCUGAAACUGCCACCACUGAAAUCCUCUUGUGUCGGGGGUGGGGGUUAGGAAGAGUGGGAGGAGAGUUCAGGCUUUGCCUUUGCACCCUCUGGAUGGGACAGGCUGGUGGAGGAGGGAGUUAGGGUUGAGGACACGUGCUGCGGUUCCUUAAGCCACACCUGAGUCAGGCUAGGAGAACCAGGCCUGGCCCUAGCUCUGCAGUGGGCCACACGGGCAGAGGACUCGUGUUUGGGAACCGAGCAGAUGACGUGGAAGCCAGGAGGGCGCUGAGGCCCGGAGGCUUGGGUCUAACUUCUUGUCUGUGCUGUGAGAAGAGGGGCUGAGUGGGUGUUGGCACCAAGGUAGGAAGAGGGGCUGGAACCCAGAGCAGUGCCGCGGAUGAGCGGAGGAACAAUGGCACACCACCUCCGGCCCUGCCAGCUUCCUGAAAUACUAGUUGGACGGUCGCCCUGAACCACCCAUGGGCCCUGCCCCACCCUGGCCCCAGCUCCCCGCGCCCCAUCCUCCCUUAUGUACCCAAGAGGGAGCCAAUAUUCCGUAGCAAAGGGGUUAGGAGCCGUCGCCUUGGUGCUGUUUACCCACUUCCUUCGAACAGGCGUGCGCCGUGACCUGUUGCUGAGGAAGGGGGAUACAAAGGUUCCCCCGCGGCCGGCUGCAGCCUGCGGGCCCGCCUCCCCCGCGCCGCUCCGGGCACAGCGCUCUGCUGGGCUCGGCUCGGCGGCGCGGCAGGCCCCGCCCCCUUUCAUGCAAAACCCUCUGGCGAGGCUGGGCUCCGGCGCAGGAGCCGGCGCUCGCUGAUUGGCCGCCGGAAACCCAUUUAUUCCCUGACAGCCCCCAUCACAUGGAUGGUUGUCUAUUAACUUGUUCAAAAAAGUAUCAGGAGUUGUCAAGGCAGAGAAGAGAGUGUUUGCAAAAAGGGAAAAGUACUUUGCUGCCUCUUUAAGACUAGGGCUGGGAGAAAGAAGAGGAGAGAGAAAGAAAGGAGAGAAGUUUGGAGCCCGAGGCUUAAGCCUUUCCAAAAACUAAUCACAACAAUCGCGGCGGCCCGAGGAGGAGAGCGCCUGUUUUUUCAUCCCAAUUGCACUUCGCCCGUCUCGAGCUCCGCUUCCCCCCAACUAUUCUCCGCCCGAUCUCCGCGCAGGGCCGUGCUCGCCGACGCCCCCGCCCGCGGCCCCUGCAGCCCGGCCCCCGCGCGCGGCCCCCGCAGUCCCGGCCGGGCCGAGGGUCGGCGGCCGCCGGCGGGCCGCGCCCGCGCCCAGCGCCCGCAUGUAUAACAUGAUGGAGACGGAGCUGAAGCCGCCGGGCCCGCAGCAAGCUUCGGGGGGCGGCGGCGGCGGAGGCAACGCCACGGCGGCAGCGACCGGCGGCAACCAGAAGAACAGCCCAGACCGCGUCAAGAGGCCCAUGAACGCCUUCAUGGUGUGGUCCCGGGGGCAGCGGCGUAAGAUGGCCCAGGAGAACCCCAAGAUGCACAACUCGGAGAUCAGCAAGCGCCUGGGCGCCGAGUGGAAACUUUUGUCGGAGACCGAGAAGCGGCCGUUCAUCGACGAGGCCAAGCGGCUGCGCGCUCUGCACAUGAAGGAGCACCCGGAUUAUAAAUACCGGCCGCGGCGGAAAACCAAGACGCUCAUGAAGAAGGAUAAGUACACGCUUCCCGGAGGGCUGCUGGCCCCGGGCGGGAACAGCAUGGCGAGCGGGGUCGGGGUGGGCGCCGGCCUGGGCGCGGGUGUGAACCAGCGCAUGGACAGCUACGCGCACAUGAACGGCUGGAGCAACGGCAGCUAUAGCAUGAUGCAGGAGCAGCUGGGCUACCCGCAGCACCCGGGCCUCAACGCGCACGGCGCGGCGCAGAUGCAGCCCAUGCACCGCUACGACGUCAGCGCCCUGCAGUACAACUCCAUGACCAGCUCGCAGACCUACAUGAACGGCUCGCCCACCUACAGCAUGUCCUACUCGCAGCAGGGCACCCCCGGCAUGGCGCUGGGUUCCAUGGGCUCGGUGGUCAAGUCCGAGGCCAGCUCCAGCCCCCCCGUGGUUACCUCUUCCUCCCACUCCAGGGCGCCCUGCCAGGCCGGGGACCUCCGGGACAUGAUCAGCAUGUACCUCCCCGGCGCCGAGGUGCCGGAGCCCGCUGCUCCCAGUAGACUGCACAUGGCCCAGCACUACCAGAGCGGCCCGGUGCCCGGCACGGCCAUUAACGGCACACUGCCCCUGUCGCACAUGUGAGGGCCGGACCGCGAACUGGAGAAGGGGAGAGCUUUUCAAAGAGAAACAAGGGAAUUGGGAGGGGUGCAAAAGAGAGUAAGAAAAAUCUGAUAUGCUCAAAAGGAAAAAAAAAAAUCUCAUUACCCGCAGCAAAAUGACAGCUGCGGAAAAGACCACCAAUCCCAUCCAAAUUAACGCAAAAACCGUGAUGCCGACUAGAAAACUUUUAUGAGAGAUCUUGGGACUUCUUUUUGGGGGACUAUUUUUGUACAGAGAAAACCUGAGGGCGGCGGGGAGGGUAGGGGAAUCGGACCAUGUAUAGAUCUGGAGAAAGAAACUACGCAAAACUUUUUUUUUAAAGUUCUAGUGGUACUUUAGGCGCUUCGCAGGGAGUUUGCAAAAGUCUUUACCAGUGAUAUUUAGAGCUAGACUCCGAGCGACAAAAAAAGUUUUAAUAUUUGCAAGCAACUUUUGUACAGUAUUUAUCGAGAUAAACAUGGCAAUCAAAUGUCCAUUGUUUAUAAGCUGAGAAUUUGCCAAUAUUUUUCGAGGAAAGGGUUCUUGCUGGGUUUUGAUUCUGCAGCUUAAAUUUAGGACCGUUACAAACAAGGAAGAAAUUUAUUCGGAUUUGAGCCUUUUAGUUUUAAAAUUGUACAAAAGGAAGACUUGAGAGCAAGUACUGGCAAGACCAUUUUCUUGGUCUUGUUUGAAAGGGCAAACGUUCUAGAUUGUACUAAAUUUUUAACUUACUGUUAAAGGCAAAAAAAAAAAAAAUGUCCAUGCAGGUUGAUAUUGUUGGUAAUUUAUAAAAGCUUUUGUUCAAUCCCACCUUUCCAUUUUGUUCAGAUAAAAAAUAUGGAAUUACUGUGUUUGGAAUAUUUUCUUAUGGUUUGUAAUAUUUCUGUAAAUUUAUUGUGAUAUUUUAAGGUUCUUCCCCUUUUAUUUUCCGUAGUUGUAUUUUAAAAUAUUCGGCUCUGUUAUUGGAAUCAGGCUGCCGAAAAUCCAUGUAUAUAUUUGAACUAAUACCAUCCUUAUAACAGCUACAUUUUCAACUUAAGUUUUUACUCCAUUAUGCACAGUUUGAGAUAAAUAAAUUUUUGAAAUAUGGACACUGGAA